GGAGUGCGGGGCUCUCCGUGCCCGAGCCCGCGGGAGAGGGACUUCACCGCCCAGCCCCACCGGGCUGCCGAGCUGGCAGCAGCAGCGAUGGUGCUGCUUGUACGUGAUUUUCCUCUUCUGCCGAGGUUUCUGGUAGUUUGAUAUAAAUAUACCCAGUGACUUUGUGGCUCCAAACUGCAAUUAUUCAGGAAGCUGAUUCUGCAGCUGUGGUGGAUGCAUCGCCCAGGACCCAAGGGCCUUCAAUCACCAGGAACAUACAUGACUGCCUCUCCCAAGGAAGAAACAAAGGAGAAACCUUUAUUUCUUGUGUAGCUGGAAGGAAAAGCAAUACAAUCUUGAUACCCAGUUAAUUUCAAGAAGCAUUUUUCAAAAUACCUCUUGACUGUGAGGAUCUUGUAACUCUGCCACAAACGUGCCUUUGGACUUGUGCAAAUAAAUCAUUGGAGUAUUGAUUGGGCAAAGUGGUCAUUGCUGGAGUGACUGUGGCAGGAUCAUGACAAAGCACUUGGAGAUCAUCAAUUUGUCAUUUUUGUUGGAACACGAAAGGGAAACAAUAUUGGGAGUAUUGAAGAGAGAUGAGUACUUGAAAAAAGUUGAAGAUAAAAGAAUCAGGAAACUGAAAAAUGAGCUUCUGGAAGUGAGAAGGAAAGGUGGAAACCACCACUCUCAGCAGGAGAACAGCAGGGUCUGUGUUCGCUGCCAGAAAAGCCUGGGCUUCAUUUUUGGCAGGGGAGAGCCGUGCCAGAGCUGCAGGCUGCGGGUGUGCAGCACGUGCCGCGUGCUGGGAGCCGAGGGGCACUGGAAGUGCUCGGUGUGCGCCAAGAUCGCAGAGCUACGGAUAGUGACAGGAGAAUGGUUUUUUGAAGAGAGAGCAAAGCGCUUCAAACAAUCAAAUCUUGGAACCGAUGUUGUCAGACAGUCCAUCCUUCACAAAUUCCCAGACACAGUUUCCAAUACAGAUGAUGAAAGAACAUUCAAAGAUCAACCCCAAGAGAAUGAAGGAAAAAAGCCAGAUGUACCAGUCUGCUCCACAAAUGGGCACAAACCUGUCUUUGGCAGACCUAGAAAAAUUGGGAGGGUUAUCAGGGCAGUUACCAAAGGAGAAAUUACAUAUGGGAAGGAUGAAGGUGAAAGGAGCACAGGCUCAGAGGCUGAAAGCCCAGGUCUGCUGGGAGGCAAAUCAGCUCCGUGCUCCCAGAGAGGGAGCACGCUUUCCCUGGGCAGCAGCGGUGCAGGGGCUGCUGCAGGACAUGCAAGGGGCAGAGGCAGCGCUGCCCAGGCUUCCCGGCCGCGCUCUCCCAGGCGCAGCAUGACCGCGGAUUGCAGCGGGGACACAGGCUUGGAAAAUGACAUGAUUAUUCCAGCAAGUGAAAGUGUACCUGAAGAUUUAGUAAAGAAGCACUGCAGGAAACCAUCUGGAACACCUUCCAUUGCAGUUUCUAGGAUAUCUUUGUCAUCGGACCGUAGCAGAUCUGAGAUAGAUUUGAGUGAAUCUUUCUCUGAAGGAAAUGAAGAUACCCUGAGCAUAAGAAGCAAAUCUGUACCUAGUGCCUUAGAUCAGGAAUUGGGCUAUCUGGAUGAAACAGAAGAAGAUAUUGAUGACAUAGUGGCCUCUUGUUAUCCAAGAAAGCAUGAACAAAUGACAAGUGGAUUAUCAACAGUAAGAUCUCGGAACUCCCCAGAAGGUUCUGACAGAAAAUGGACAUAUUUAAAUGUUCCUGAAGCAGAUGGUGAUACUACAAGCAUAAACAGCAUGGUGAGUGUUUACAGUGAAACUGGUGACUAUGGCAACGUGAAGGUCAGCGGGGAAAUCCUCCUCAGUAUCAGCUACAUCUACAAAACAGGUGCCCUGAACAUCCUGGUGAGGAGCUGCAGGAACCUGGCCAUUGCAGACGAGAGGAAGCAAAGGACUGACCCAUAUGUCAAAGCCUACCUGCUGCCUGAUAGGUCCCGCCAAAGCAAGCGCAAGACCAAAAUUAAAAGUAACAGCACCAACCCAGAAUUUAAUGAGACACUGAAGUAUGUCAUCAGUCACUCACAGCUGGAAACCAGGACCCUGCAGGUUUCUGUCUGGCACUAUGACAGAUUUGGACGCAACAGCUUCCUUGGGGAAGUGGAAAUUCCAUUUGAUUCCUGGAACUUUGAAAAUCAGGGCGAUGAGUGGUUUGUGCUCCAGCCCAAGGUGGAGGCUGUGACAGAUUUUGGACUUCAAUACAAAGGAGAACUGACAGUGGUUUUACGUUAUAUUCCCCCAGACAGAAACCUAAUGCUUCCUCUGGGGCAGUUUCAAGGAAAGAGAGGCUUCAAAAAAGGAAAGAAAGGAGAUUCUCAUCUGCCAUCUGGAGGCAUAUUAGAAGUCCUCAUCAAAGAAGCAAAGAAUUUAACAGCAGUGAAAUCAGGAGGCACAUCUGAUACUUUUGUUAAAGGAUACCUGCUCCCAGAUGACAGCAAAGCUACAAAACACAAAACUCCCAUAGUAAAAAGGAGCGUGAACCCCCAGUGGAAUCACACCUUUGCCUUCAGUGGCUUGAAUUCAGGGGACAUACGGAAUGCCUGCCUGGAACUGACUGUGUGGGACAAGGAGUCACUUUCCAGCAAUAUUUUUUUGGGAGGUGUCCGUUUGAGCACUGGAAAUGGUGUAAGCAAUGGCAAGGAGGUUGACUGGAUGGACUCUCAAGGGGAAGAGCAGCACCUCUGGCAGAAGAUGAUUGACAGUCCGGGAGCUGCAGUGGAAGGGGUGUUAAUGCUGAGAUCCAGCAUGGGGAAACGCAGACUCUGAAAGCCUUUCACUCCUGGGGGUGCCACAGGCACUCCUGGCUUCAGGGGUGUCCAGGCUCUUGUCACUUUGCCCACUUGAACGUGAGAAGGGUUGUACUCUUUGCCUUGGAUAUAAAGGCUCUGAGUGAGAUUUGAAUGCAUUCUGCACUUUCAUGCACACAUUUACCCAGGCUUCUUGUGUGAAUUGUUUCUCCUGAAGCCAGUGAGAGCUGGAGCUGGCACAGAGUCAGACUGGCUUUCUCUGUCCCCUCUGGUGGCAGCUGAUGAGCACUCUGCCUGAGGGCCAGCAAAUCCUCCCGCUGAUCACUUAGUGAGUAAUGCCAGGUUUGUGAAUCUCUGCUGGCUCAGGGAUGGCCCAGAAGGCAGCAGUGGCACACAGCAAGCAGAUUCAAAGUCAGUCUGUGCUUUGGUGUUUCUAAGUUAAGAAGCCAUAAUGGUAUGAAGGACAACAAACAGUGUUUCUUCAUCGUGUUUGCUUGUUGGGCUGUGCAGUGGUGCAGCACGGCAGGCUUGGGACCAGAACCCAGCCAAGCAGGGCCAAUGCAGAGUUGCAUUGCAGUGUUGCAUUGCCCUAGAAAUGGGCAGCAGUGAGCUGGUGGGCAGGGCUGGUAUCCUGGAAUCUUCUGGGUGUUUUAAUGCACAUGUAGAAAAGGCAGACUUGGUCCAACAUAAUCUAAGAGCCUCUAAUGAAAAUAAAUAAUGACAAAGAGUUUCCAGAACUGUGUGAUGCUACUGUGUUUGUCAUUCAGUUGGCAGCUCUAGCCAAGACCUUCUGAUGUCAUUGAACAGAGGGAAUAUGUCCACAUGCCAGUCCCCAUCUCUGUUGCUGAGAGAGACACAUGCCAGGUUUGGAUAGAUUGCUAAAACCCGAUUCAGCAGAUUGUAUAGAACAGAAUGGGAUUAAAGCACAUGCCAAAAUGAUUUGCAUAACUGUAAAAUCUCCUCUGAAUGAGCUGGGGUCCCGUUCAGGCCCAUGUGCAUUAUUUAUAAUUCAAGAAGGACAUCUUUUCAUUAAAUCCCCCAGUGCAGUUAAUUGUGAGUGGGUCUUGGCCAAUACAAUCAUUAAUCUUAUUAACCAUGACAAUUGUUCAACAGUAAUUUUGUGAUUCCUCAAGGUGUAAGACAAAGAAAGAUCAGGAAACUGAGUGAAAAGCAUUUCUUCUGAACUUUCUUCUGAACAAUUAGAACACAACUUUCUCUUUGCACUGGUAAAUUAAUCUAUAGCUAUUCCUACAUUUUUUCCCCCCAUAGUUUUUUGCAAGAAAUCUAGAUUGAACAACAGAAUAUAAUCUGAUAUCUGAGCAAAUACAGCUGGAGAUUUUUGACAUUUGUAGUUGUCAUAGUGUACAACUAAGUACAAGUAUUUAGAGCUGAAUUCAAAACCUUAAAAUGUAGCGUUAAUUCUUCUCUUUUUAAGAUAUUUUAUGCUGGUUUUCGUUGGAGUGGCUGGAAACUGCAGGGAAGUUUACAGCCAAUCUUUUAAAAUCAUAAUAUUAUUGAAUAAAAUAAAAGGUAUUUAUUCAUGUUGAAAACAAUAGUUUUCAUGAAUUGUUUUGUUUCAUUAUGCAUAAGUUAUUUCAAAAUUCUGAUAUGACUUUUGAAAGUCACUGGAAGCACUGCUUGCCCAGUUGGAGACUCACCAUUUUCAGAAAUUACCAAGUUAUCUUUGAAAAUGAAAAUUCUCCUACAGAAUCUCAGUUUGGGAACCAAAUGUCAGUGGUUACUCAAGAAAACUGACUUAAUUUUCCUUCUUUAUCUUUUCUUCGCUUUUUUCCUGAAGUUCAGCUCAAAUUGGGCAGUGAGGGAAGUCUUGUUUGGUUUUACCUUUUAAUUUUUCCAACCUAAAUGAUUCUGUCAUUCUACAAUUCUGUGCCACAGCUGCUGUGAGCUGAUAAAUUAGAGCACAAAUAUAAAGCACACAACAUCUUAUGACCUUGUUCUUAUCACCAUAGUCUGUCUUUAAUAUUAGAUUAUUUUUUAUCAGUAUCAUCCAAAGUGACCAAACCUAACUUUUGACACCUAAACUACCUCUCUUUUUAACAGAAUUGUUUUGAGUUGUCUUGGUUGUACUACAAACCUGAAUUUAUUUUGGAAAUAAUAAUAUUACAUUGACAUGUAGGCACAAACUUUUUUUUUUUCUUUUGCUAGAAGUUGUUUCAAACAGAUAAACUUCUUGAAUAUAAAGAAAAUGGUUCUUCAAGAUAAAAUUCCAGCUUGAGUUGUAGAGGAAUAUUGGUCUUUUGAAGCAUUUGCUUUGGUUAAUUUUUAUGGUGAAAAUGGCAAAAAUAAUAACAAAAAAUUCCUCCAAGAUGGACCUUGGAAUGAGCAUUUUUUCAUUUGCCAAACUGAAAAAACUUAAAAUAAUUUUAAAUUUAAUUUACUUUUGCAUGGAGCACAAGCAUUUGCCUAAUUUUUGAAUGGUACUUCCUAAUCUCCUUAGCAUGAACAUUUUAGCUAAAUCACAUCUUGCUUUGAAACAAAAAUAUUUGUAUUUUACAGCUUCAACUUCUGCCCAUUUUGGUCAUAAAGCAGAUUUUGUGAUGAAUGGUUGCAUCUGGGAAGUGUCACCCGGCACAUACAUGGGCUUUAAGCUCUGCCUGUUCCUUCCAAAGGGCCAAAAUGUCUCUCUGAGCCCACACCUGAAAUUCCAGGCUGGGCUAUGACCAGGCUGCAGUUCAGCCUAUGGAGGGAACAGUUUCACCUGGGAAGAAAUUCCAGGUGAAAUUGGAAUUUCAGCUGGGGAUUGCCAUUGAUGGAGGUUGGGUAGAAGGGUGAAGUGAUCUCCUGGUUAUAGCAGGGACAGUUCUGCAGCACCGUGUCACACUCACCAGAACCUUGGAGAGAUCAUGAGCAUCAGAUAAACACCAGAGCAAUUUGGAAAGUUUUGCUGCUCUCUGAUGUUAUCAGCCCAUUUGUAGGAAACAUCUGAUUUAUGGAAAAUGUCACAUUUAAUUAUGUCUCUCAUCUCUUUGUUCUCUUCUUCUGUAAAGAUGGUUUAUGGUUUGGAAAAAGCACAAGAUGAUUAACUGCAGAUGUGAUUUCUUGUUUCCCGGAUAUUUGAAUUAAUUGCCCAUAAUUGUGCAUCAUCAUGUACUGUGUGUUACCAGGCUGAACAAAAAUGACAGAAAGCCAGGAAUUAGACCAAAGCUUUCCUUUUCUAUCUGUAUUUAUAAUAUUGAAGGUGCAUGAAUGCUUUAUUCAAAGCUAAUUUUUAGGAGGAAGUGGGCACAAUUUUAACACUGAUUCAUAAACUCCUGCCCUGAGUAAACAGAUACAGCAGAACUGAUGUUUCUGAAGUCUUUUUCUACACAGACCUGAACAACUGAAACUGCAUCAGUGGAGAAGAAAUCUGCUCCAUGGCAGGUGCAGAAAACAUGUUACAAAACACAUUUUACUCUGCUACAUAUUUUUCCAGCAGGGUUUGUGAUUGAAGUUGGAGGGUUCAACCCAUUAAAGAAGAGUUAAAGUGCAACAUUUGCUGUAAAAGGUCAGGUUGGGCCAGUAAACACUUCCAUAGACAGUGCCAAUAAUUAUCAAAAAGAGCUGAUGCCGAGGGCUUUCCAAGCCCUGCCAGCAGAUUUUGGUAUCCAGCCCUACUCUCUGGUGAUUUUCUCUAUCAGCUGAAUGGGGACUUCAGGCUUCUAAACCUGCUUACAUGUUGAGAUACCAAAACCAGGAUGAAAUGAUUCCUAUCUCCUCUACCUCCACCAUGUCACACUUGAGAUGAGAGGAAAGCUGCAAAGACUGGGGGCUGCUGUUGCCAUCUUCCUGUGCUAAUCCAAGUGCCACUGCCCUCCUUGGAUACCUUUCAGAUGCCACAUUUUCAUCUUUCUUUUCAGCUGUAAUGGUUUCAGAGAGAAAGCAUUGGGAUGGUGAGCAUGUUUUGAUCAUGGUACAUUAGACUGGAAGCUUUUUCUUCUGUACUUCUCCAAUGCAGAUUAUGCUGAGGCAGCACAAAUGAAGCAUUUUUAUAUAUUAAUUUUUGAUUUUUCUUUUCCUGACUGGUUAAGCUCUGCUAAAUGCAAUUAUUCUAAGUUGUAGUCUGCAAAAUGUCAACUCAACUAUAACUGCAGAGCAGCUUUUGAGCAUCCAUUGAUCCUAAUAGAUAAGGAGAAGUAACAGGAGGGUUGCGUUUUAGUCUGAUGCAAUUUUGACUUCUUGAUGGCUCUGCACAUUGCCCAACUUCGGGAAUGUAAAGUUUGCAGUUUGUUUUGUAGCAUCAAUGAAGAGAAAAGCUUUUUGGGUUUCUUACAUCUUUGGAGAAGAGAUCAGAGUCCUGUUUCCACAGCUGUCUGAUUUGUGGGCUCACACAAGAUAAUAAGAGUUGUACCUGAAUCUUUGCAAGGGUCUCUCUUCCCUUCACCCCUCCCUUUGCUUCAGCAGCUGUGACCAGAAGGUUCUCCCUGGACACUGAUCCCCAGUAUCUGGGAGAAGGCAGCAUGCAGAAGGGAUGGGAGAGCCCCUCUUAUUUUCUUCUAUAUGAAGUUAAGACUGAAAUUUUCCUUUGCUAACAUACAGCAUUGAUUUUCAGCACUUUGCCACCAUGACAUAAACAGUAUCUUCCGAGAGCUGACCCAUGCACUUUAUAAACUUUUUUUCCAACUAAUUAGUUAUUAUUUUUUCUACCCCCAGAGAUGUUAACAUUUAAGAACCCUAGAGAAAUGAUGGUGAAUUCCAGAACAGGAUGCAGACUAUUAUUUGCAGUGAUGCCCUUUACCAUAGCUCAGCAGGAGCUGCUGAGAAGCAUGCUAACAGAACCUUACCACUGUGCCCAUGAAUUGCCUCCCUGAUGAUUUCGUGUUUUCAGAUGCUGUUUAAUAAGUGAUAAUACUGGAAACUGAAUCUCAGCUUGCUUUUCAGGUCGCUUUUGAAACUCACCCUGGCUGCAUCUUGACCUUUUAUUUACAUUAUUUAUUUCAACAACCCUACUUUGUGGCAAUAACAUUUACAUGGCUGUGUGCUACUGCUCCUGACAGCUCUGUGUAUAUUUUUGAGAAUAGUUCUAAUUGUUGAGGUUUGCCUAAAGCCAAGCAUAGUAAUUUGCUGCAGCAAUUAGAGAAUGUCACAUAUCCCUUGUGCUGCCUUUGUUCUGCUUACAAUCUGUUGCUAGCAAUUUGUUUUAUUAUUCUGGUGGACAUGAACAGUAGUAGCAGUAAAUGGCAUAAAUGGCAUUGCAGUAUGUUAAGCUAUGCCCAAAUUGAGCAAAGCAAUGUUUUCUGCUGAGAACAUUUUUGUACUGUGCAUUGUACAUUGUUUUGUGGACAAAGAUGGCUGGUAAGCCAUUUGCAGCUCUUGUCAAGAUUUCUGUUUUGUCUUCUAAAUUAAAAUACUGAAAUGCU